AUGGAUUCAGCAACGACGAAAAAAUCAGAUAAAAAUUUUUCCAAGAAAUUGAUUGAUUUAAAUAAAAACGGUUCUUCAUUAGAAGCAUCACCAACGGAAAGUACCACUACACCUGUUCGUUUUUUUCUAAUCCAUAGAGUUUUAAAACAAUGGGCAAUGGAGUUUCAGUGGAGUUUAUUCAGAGUUUAUUCAGAAGAAAAGGAAAAAUGUACGGGUGGGUGUUGGCAUUUAAUUAGUAAAUGGAGGCAAAAAACAGAAGUACAUCAACUUGGCGGAAUGUUGGGAGUAUUCGGUCGUGGAUUUUUCGCGAAACCUGUAAUGCGUACAGAAGAAGAAAGCUAUCGUUAUAUAAUGGCAUUAGAUCAUUGA